CUUCCAUUCCCUGCGCCAAGAGCGCCAAGAACACUCUUAACGGUGAAAAUAUUUCCAACUCAAACUAUACUUUUAGGGCUCUUCAAAUGCCUGGGGAAAUCGAGCGAUGGCGCGGCUCCAAUGCGCUGCCAAUAGCCGUGGAUUCCUCUUCCAAGGCAAGUGUGAGCUCCAUUCUGGCGGAUUUGAAGGCCUCCAGGAGAUUGCGCGAUCUCGAGCGGGGCAAGUCGGUUGCGGCCGAUGCGUUCCGGCAAGGGAUGGAUUCCAAUCUCUAUGUUGCGAGCAGCCUCAUCGGCUUGUACGCCAAGUGUGGAAGGAUGAUCGAGGCGCAGCGCGUGUUUGACGCCAUGGAGCAUCGCGAUCUCGUGGCCUGGAAUGCGCUCAUCCUGGGGUACGCUUGCAAUGGGGAGUGUGAGACCUCGCUCGAGCUCUUCUCGCGCCUGUGUAGCAGCACAGAGGUAAAUAGCUGCGUCCCGGAUUCUUGGAGCUUCCUUGCCGCGCUUAAAGCUUGUGUGCUCUUGACAGGACGCAUGGAAGAACACGAUGGAAAGCUUGGAGUUUUGGAGAAGUCCAUGGCCUUGCAUUGCCGGAUUGCGAGCAACGGCUGCGAGGAGAUCAUCGUGGCCAACACCUUGAUCGAUUUGUAUGCCAAGUGUGGAAGCAUGCCAGAUGCUCGAAGAGUCUUCGAUGGAUUGGAGCAUCGAGACGUUGUCUCGUGGACAGCCUUGCUGCUCGGGUACGUCGAAAACGGGCAAGGCAAUGCUGCUCUUGAGUUGCUACCGAUGAUGGAAUCUCACGAGUGUUUUCCAGAUGCCCGGCUCUUCGUCGCCGCGAUCAAAGCUUGCAGCAGCCUUGCGGCGAGCGAACAAGGGAGGCAAGUCGACGGCAUGGUCGUGAGCAUGGCGGCCCUGGAGAAAGGCAUGGCUGUCCACUCCAGGAGCAAGCUCCACGAGUCGAGCAACAUCUACGUUGGAAGCAGCCUUGUGGACAUGUACGCGAAGUGUGGCAGCAUGGCGGAUGCCUCUCGUGUGUUUGGACGGAUGAAGCAGCGAGACGUGAUCUCCUGGAACGCUUUGAUUCUCGGGUACGCGGAGAACGGCGAAGCCGAGAGAGCUCUGGAGCUCUUCGUGGCGAUGCAAGCCGGUGGCUGCCCUCCAGAUUCCCGGACGUUCGUCGCCGCUCUGAAAGCUUGCUCCAGGCUCGCAGUGACGGCCGACUUUGGCGACCAGAGGCACGGCAAGAUGGAAGUGUUGGAGAAGAGCAUGGCGUUGCACUCUCAGGCUCGGAAAGCUGGCGGCUGCGAUUCGAGUCUAUACGUCGGAAGCAGCUUGGUGGACGUGUACUCCAAGUGUGCCAGCAUGGGAGACGCUUCGUCCGUGUUUGAGAAGAUGGCGCAGCGGAAUGUGGUCGCGUGGACAGCUCUGAUACUCGGCUAUGCCGAUAACGGGCAGGAGAGGCUGGCGCUGGAAACGUUUCGGUGCCUGCGGGGCGGAGGCGUGGUGCCGAAUGCCUUGACGUACGUCGCUUGUCUCAAGGCUUGCAGCGGCCUUGCGAGCGACGAGGAGACCAGAGAACUUGACGGGAAGCUCGUGAAGAUGGUGUCCUUGGAGAAUGCUCUGGCCGUUCACUCGCAAGCUGCGAGAGACAACUGCGACAGGGAUAUGUUGGUGGCGAGCAGAUUGAUCGAUGCUUACGCCGAGAGCCAGAGCAUGGAUGACGCUGCGAGGGUGUUUGCCGGGAUGCCGGACCGGGACGCGGUGGCCUGGAACGAGCUUAUGCUGGGGUACGUUGAGAACGGUGACGGGGAGCUGGCUCUGGAGGCGUUCACGGGCAUGAGACGAGACGGCUGUGUUCCAAACGCUGGGACCUUUGUCGCUGCUCUGAAAGCUUGCAUCAGGAUCUCGGCGAAAGAAGAGUGGCAGAAAGUUGACGGGUCGGGCGUGAAGCUGCGAAGUCUCGAGACGGGCAUGGCGAUACACUCUCACGCCGCGGCUCAAAGUCUCGACUCGGACGUGUACGUCGCGAACACCUUGCUCGACAUGUACGCCAACUGCGGUGGAAUGCUGGAAGCCGAGAGAGUCUUCGGCGACAUGCCACGCCCCGGGGUGGUCUCCUGGACGGCUCUGAUAUCCGGAUACACCGAGAACGGGCAAGGCAGGGUGGCGCUGGAGCUUCUCUCUCGGAUGGAGACCCAAGGCUGCCAACCGGACGCUCGGACGCUUGCGAUCGCGUUGAAGGCCUGCGGCAGUGUCGGGGCUCUGGAAGCUGGCAUGGCGAUCCACGGCGACGUCUGCAAGCGGGGGCUCGAGAGCGAUACAGUGGUGGUGACUUGCUUGAUAGAUUUCUACGCCAAGUGUGGGAGCAUGGCUUCCUCCCAGCAGGUGUUUGAUGCGCUUGCUUCCAGAGACGCAGUGGCCUGGACUGCAUUGCUCGCCGGGUACAGCCGCGGAGGGGACGCCGCUCUGGUGUUCGAGACCUUCCACGAGAUGGUCGACGAAGGUGUCAAAGUCUGCGGCAUGGGAUUUCAAUGCCUUCUGGCCGUGUGCAGUCAUUCCGGCCUGGUCGACACUGGGAGGCUCUGCUUCGACGCGAUGCAGUCCAAGUACAAGGUGAGGCCCGGCCGCGAGCACUACCACUGCGUCAUCGAUCUUCUCAGCCGGGCCAACCAGCUCGAGGAAGCUCUGGAUAUGGUGGAAGCUAUGCCUUUCGAGCCAACGUUUGUUACGUGGACGACGGUGCUGAGUGCUUGGACUCGGAUCCAAGUUAACAUUCUAAAGUUCUCUCCUGGCUGAAGGAACAAGAACUCGAUCUUACAAGCUAGAAAACAUAGGAUAAGGCUACUACAUCACCUCUUUCGACGCUUCUUCACCUCGGCGACAAGCUUGUUCACGUACAUAAUGUAUCCAUCCACAUUGAACUUACGCUUGCAGCCUUCGUAGUU